CUCUGAUGGUCGACAAGGUUGGAUCAGGAGUCUCCAUGACUUAUUUUCUGUUUGGAGCCACCAUGGAGAGAUAAAAGCUCAAGAAGACAAAAACGUGACCGAAAGGAUCUGAAAUCAAAGACCCAACUACACUGUGGACUUAUCAUUUAAUGAGGACCAGCUGUGUAUUUCCUAAGUGAAGACAGGAGUGAAGAUCCACAGCAGUUAUGUGGAACAAGAUCUAAGCAAAUGCAUAAAAAAAAAGCUAAAAGCAGGGAGCCUCUUUAGAACAAAGUCUAAAGACAGAUCCACACAACAGCUUCUAUUUCUGAUUUAUUUUACAAGGUAACUGUUUACCUAAACAGGUUAGAUGGUCACACGUGUCACCACGUCGCAACCUAAAGACGAGUUUUGCAACAAUCUCAGCAGGUGGCCACACUGUGCCAUCAGUAAACGAGAGGCAGUAGUCACAUCUUUACAUACCGCACUGCAACCACAGAGGUUUUAAGAGACUUUUUCCACUUUUCUCAGACAGACAUGAAUAUUUUAACACUUUUGUCUUUGUUUAAACAAUCAAAUUUCAAACCUUCAUAGAAAAUAACCCCAUUGUUAUACUGUAGAAUGAAAACAAAGAACUGAUCGUGAUGAAGAUUUAUGUCAAUUUGUAAAGCUGAACAUAUUCUGCAGACAAGACAGCACAGAGGAGAUUGAUUGAUAAGGUCUCCACCCGAUCAGGAUGCCAAACACAGUGUGCUAAGGUUAGUAUACGUGGAAAGAAAAAAAAUCCUGGAGACAGUGAAAGGUGAAGGUAAUAUAUCGAGGGAACACUAUCAGCACAGGAACAGCAGGGUUACACAUUCUUUCAAACCCACACAGUAAUUCUCUUCAUUGACUCUGUGUCUUUAAGGUGGAGGACCCAGAAGCUCGACGUCUUUUUCAGCAAAUCAUUUCAGCUGUGGACUACUGCCACCGGCACAUGGUGGUGCACAGGGACCUCAAACCUGAGAACGUUUUGCUCGAUGCCAAUAAAAAUGCCAAAAUUGCAGACUUUGGAUUGUCCAACAUGAUGUCAGAUGGGGAAUUCCUGCGAACAAGCUGUGGCUCACCAAACUACGCAGCUCCAGAGGUCAUCUCUGGAAGGCUGUAUGCCGGCCCGGAGGUGGACAUCUGGAGCUGCGGAGUGAUCCUGUAUGCCCUGCUGUGUGGCACUCUGCCCUUUGAUGAUGAACAUGUUCCCACACUGUUUAAGAAGAUCAGAGGAGGUGUUUUUUACAUCCCAGAGUACCUGACGCGUUCUGUGGCCUCACUGCUGACGCUCAUGCUACAGGUGGAUCCACUGAAAAGAGCCACCAUCAAAGACAUCAGGGAACAUGAUUGGUUUAAGCAGGACCUGCCAGGUUACCUGUUCCCAGAGGACUCGUCGUACGAUUGCACUGUGUUGGAUGAAGAGGCUGUUAGAGAAGUGUGUGAGAAGUUUGAAUGCACGGACUCUGAAGUGGUGUCAAGCCUUUACAGUGGAGAUCCACAGGAUCAGUUAUCUGUAGCUUAUCACCUCAUCAUAGAUAAUCGACGCAUCAUGACUCAGGCCAGCGAGUUCUACUUGGCAUCCAGUCCUCCACAGGGCUCUUUCAUAGAGGAUGGGAUGCCACUGCCCCCUGGGGUCAAACCCCACCCAGAAAGGAUGCCUCCUCUCUUGGCUGACAGCCCUAAGUCUCGAUGUCCUCUGGAUGCUCUCAACACCACCCGGCCUAAACCACUGGCAGUGAAGAAAGCCAAGUGGCACCUGGGCAUCAGGAGUCAGAGCAGACCCCAUGACAUCAUGACAGAGGUGUACCGGGCUAUGAGACAGCUGAGUUUUGACUGGAAGGUGGUGAAUCCAUACCAUCUGCGUGUGCGGAGGAAGAAUCCAGUGACGGGAAACCUGGUGAAAAUGAGCCUGCAGCUUUACCAAGUGGAUAACAGAUCCUACCUCCUCGACUUCAAAAGCAUUGAUGAUGACAUCAUUGAAGCAGUGGGCUUUAAAUCCGGCACGUCCACUCCUCAGAGGUCCGGCUCCACCGCGGGCCUCCACAGACCCAGGCUGAGCAUUGACUUUGCAAGCCCAGCCAACGAUGUGCCUCAGCUUAGCUCCUCCCUCCCGGGAUCACUGUCUGGUAUUUCCCCUCUUCUCGCCCCACGUCAAGGAUCACACACCAUGGACUUCUUUGAAAUGUGUGCCAGUCUGAUCACUACGCUUGCACGCUGAGGUGUUUUGACAUUUUCUGUCACCAGAAGAUCUGGAGGCAGAGAAUCUGCAGAUCUGGAAAGUGGAGUUUAGAUCUAAAUGUAGUAUUUGUACAUGAUUCAGCAAGGAAACUCAAGAGAUGAAGGGAAAAAGUCAUUUGUGUGUGUUUAUGCUGUUGAUUGGUCUGUGAUAACAGUGCCUGAGAUGGACUGAUCAUGAUGUCGCUGAAGCAGAAAGGUGCGAACAUACAGGUCAGUGUGGUGUCAGAAACAACAAUGGUUGAGUGUCCCUGCACACCUUUUGUAACACUUUGAAGUUCAACCCCUGCAGCACACUGCAGUGCACCACUUCAUUGUAGGAUUGUAAAGACGGUUGUGUUUUUUAACAGAGAUUUUUAUGUUUUGAUGAAGACGCAACACACAACAUAAUUUAUUCAUCACAAAUAUAUUGCAAUUAUUUAGCUAUCAGAUAUAUAUUUAUUUUAGAAAAAAGACAAAGUUUUUCCUUUAAACAUUUCAUAACAACAAGCCAGUUAGAUUUCUACAUAGAAUGUAGAUAGAAGAAAUUAUUAAAAACGAUGCAUUUAACGGCCGAGCUGAAGUUAGUCAGGGUUUGUGAAGGUGUUUCUCCUUUGUUUUGUCAGUAGCUGAAGUUCACGUGUGAUUGUUCACACAGACCUCAGCACUUACUAACAUGCCGCAUGUGGUUUGUUAGUAAGUGCUGCUCCAGCAGAAACUCAUCAGAGGUACGGUCAGUGCAGUGAAGCCUCAGUUACAACUGCCCUUGUGAGGGAGUAUGGGCUGUCUGUGGCUGGAAAACAGGUCAGUCUAUACGGGGCACGCAGGUGGCGUGCAGGAAAUAUCAAGGUGGUAGACCCGUCUGUGAGGCUGAAGAGCAAAAAUGUUCACGUACAUUUUUUUUUCAAGGAAACACUCAUGCAACACUUGAGAGUUCAGUGAGAGUGAAGUAGGUGAGACGCAGACGUGUCGUACAGCUUUUUCACCCCCAGGACAAAAUUACAUUACAUAUGCAGGCCAUAGUUGGUGUGGGCGGUCUACAGGCCCUUAUGGAUCACCAUAGUGCAGCGCAAGGGCACCAUAAUACAACAUCACUCGUAUGCCAUAAGUGAGUGCAACUUACACUAUCCCUACAAGUACUUCACAAUACACUAACAGUAUUUCACAAAAGUGAGUACACCGCUAGCAUUCCUGAAGAUAUUUACUUGUAUUUUUCAUGGGACAACACUACAGAAAUGAAUUUCUGACACAAUGAAGAGUGGCCAUUGUCCAUCUUGUAUAACAGUGUCAAUUAAUUUUUCCUACAAAAUUACUCCUUCUACAGACAUUAAGAGAUAAACCCUUGACAACCAAAGUGAGUACACCCUUAAGGGAAAAUGUAUACAUUGAGAACAAUGAGUCAUUUUUCUCCUCCAAGACCAUGUGACUUAUUAGUGUUGCAAUGUCUCAGGUGUCAAUAGAUUGCAGGUGUGUUCAAUUUGGUAUUAAAGCUCUUUCAGUCUCUCAACCUGGUCACUGUAGGUUCAACAUGACAUCUCAUGGAAAACAACUCUCAGAAGUCUGAAAAACCACAAAGACGUUCUCAGAUGUAAGAAGAUUGCCAACAGCCUGAAACUCUGGUGCAGCACAGCGCUCAAGACCAUACCGAUGUAUGAGUGCUUUGGGCUUUGCUGCAGAGGUUGGAGAGAUGAAGGUGAGCCUGUCAGUGCUCAGACCAAACACUGCACAACGCAUCAAACUGGUCUCCAAUCUGUCAUCUCAGAAGAACGCCUUUUCUGAGGAGGACACACGAGAAACUCAGAAACAGUUUGAUGAAGACGAGCAGACUAAGGAUUACUGGAACCAUGUCCUGUGGUCUCAUGAGACCAACAUAAACCUAUUUGGUUAAAAUGGUGUCAAAUGUGUGUGGCAUCAGCCAGGUCAGGAGUUUAAAGACAAGGGUGCCGAUCCCACAGUCAAGCAUGGCGUUGGUAGAGUCAUGGUCUGGGCUGCAUGAGUGCUGUCUGCAUUGGGGAGCGACAGAUCAUUGAGGCAAACAUGAAUGCUAACAUGUACAUACUGAAGCAGAGCACGCAUCUUCCUCUAAAAACUGGACUGCAGGGCAGAAUUUCAGCAU